AAGUAACAUGAACAUGGCGCAUUUGAAAGAGGCGCGCUUUCCUCUACUUGCAAGUGCCUAGAAAUGCCGUCGGAUGCUGUUCGAAGUUGUGAGGGGUUGCGAUUCGCCGUUCGAGGACAAGGUCAGGAGUAGUUUUUUGCGUGCAGUGGUGGCAGCAAAGAACACAGAGUAUUAUAAGUGGCAGUGAGUGAGGUGUGGUGAGUGCGAUAGAAAAUAUGUGAGGCGGUGUCUAAAAAUAUAGGGCAUGUGUGGUACUGACAAUUUUGUAAACAAUUUUCUUCACUCAGUGAUUCAGAAAUGGUUCGAGUAGUAGUAGCUGAAGAAAGUAUUCUUCCUUAUUUGAAGGGCUUGCAGUGUGGUGAAAACUAUGAGAUCGGUUUGAUAAUUGGUCAA